GCUUGACUCAGCUGUUUGUUAUAUCAGUAGAGACGCAGCUCUGUUGUUGCACAUUGAUCUCAUAUCAACUAGUUUCAGUCAGUCAGUCAACACCUGCUGCCACCAUGAUGAAGAGAGCUGCUCUGGUCUUGUUUAUUGCCUGCUGGGCUGUCUCAGCACUGUCAUUGGCUGAAGAUGGAAAGGAGUCCAUACCUUCUGCAACCGAUUCCCCCGCGGAGGAGUUCGGCAAUUCUACCACCACCACCACCACCACCACCGUGACGCCUAUCACCACCAAGCCUACCACCACGCCUACCACCAAGCCUACCACCAAGCCUACCACCACCAUUACCACCACGCCUACCACCAAGCCUACAACCACCAUCACCACAAAGCCUACAACCACCAUCACCACAAAGCCUACAACCACCAUCACCACAAAGCCUACAACCACCAUCACCACAAAGCCUACCACCACCAUCACCACAAAGCCUACCACCACCAAGACAACCACCGCCACGACAACCAUCCCAACUCCUCCUCAGCCCACUCCCGGUCCCACCAAAGAUUCUGUAGGAAACUACACCCUGAUGGCAGACAAAACAGUAAUGUGCGUGAUGGCUCAGAUGGCUCUAAAGAUCCGACUGGCAAUACCAAAGGGCAGUGGAACCUUCGUUGUUCAGCCAAAUAUCACCAAAGUAGAAGGAUCAUGUAAGGGAACCAAGGCCAACCUCACCCUCGUCUUCAAAGAGGGCUUCAUCACCUUCAUGUUCAACCAGAGCAUUGCUGAAGAUCGGGUCUUCGUUGAUACUCUGUCUUUCUCCCUCUCCUACCCCUUAAUCAAAGACGCCAACAUGCCGUACACUGCCAGCAACAAGUCAUUGCAUCUCUUCGAGGCAAAGGUCGCACACUCCUACUCCUGCAAGGCUGAAUCAGUCUUCAUGGGGAACGGACUGUACCUGGAUGUCACUCAAGACAGGAUGCAGGCCUUCAAUCUGACCAAGAGCAACGACUUUGGAACUCCUGACCCCUGUCCUGCUGAUAAGCCUGACUACCGCGUUGCCAUUGCGGUGGGAGUGACGUUGCUGGUGCUCAUCAUCAUCGUGGUGGUGGCCUACCUGCUGGGCCGCAGGAAGAGGACCGGCGGCUACCAGUCUCUGUGAGGGAGGCCGGGCAGAUUUCGAUCAGAGGUCACUCAGAGGUCACUCCCGUUAUAAACCAAAGUCUGUGAGGCUGUGAGCUUUCUCAGGGGCUAAAGGGCACUUCCACUAAAGAAUAUCGUGCCAUUUUCCUGGUCUUUUACAUCUUUGUUUACCGAACUCACUGUUAUUUACAGUGUUUUAACUUGAGGUCCCAAGUAUGGAGGCCGGAGAUUGCCACCGGAAUAAUUGUAGACCUCAAAAGUGUUUUCAUUAUAGUCAUGCUAUUAUAAAUUUAUGAAUCAAAUGAAUAAAUUCAAAGUAAAAUAAAAAGUAAAAGUUGUUAAUUAAUCCCUCGAUUCAGUGUUUAAAUACUGAAUUAAUAAUUGAAUUUAACUUUUUUGCUAUCCCAUUUACAUAUUUGUUUAACUAUCAUAUUCCAUUUCACAAUUCAUUAGUUUCCUUAUUAAAGAUUUCGAGUUUGUUUGUUUAACAACUCAUAUGUCUUUAAUUUAAAAUGCUAAAGCAAACACACUGCUUAAACAUCUUUAGAUUGAAUUAAAGCACUAAAAACAAAUUAAUGAAUUGCUUAGAUUAAAUCACAAAAUGAAACCUGUAAAUGUUAUAGCAGGAAACAAAUGAAUUGUGUCUUGGGAACUUUACAAUUAAUUUUGUAAUUUAAUUUUAAAAAAUCAGUUAUUAAUUCAUUAUUUAAAGAUAGAACAAGGACAUUUAAUCAAUUCAUAAUAGCUUGUGUAUUAUUAUUAUUAUUCCAGUGGCACACUUUAGACUCUAUACAUAUGGGUUUUGAAAAGCCAAUAUAAAACAACAUAUUUUUUGAUUUAACAUGCCAAUAACCAGUCUUUAUAUGUGAGCAGAGAAUUACACAAAGUUGCAAGAGUUUGACCCUUGAAUUGUAUUCUCCUCAGGCUGGACAUACUCUGAAAUAGCAUUUCUGUAUUGGGACACUAACAACAAUGAUGCUAAUAAUAACUCAUCUUUGCUGACAUCUUCAUUAAUACUUAUAACGCACCAAAAUGUCUCGUUAGAACCAGUUAUGGUUAUUUCCUCCAUAGACAGCCAAGUUAAAAAGACCAACAUUGGCGCCUUUUAUCAGUCUAACACCACAUUAUACUCUCACUGAGCAUUGGAAUCGGGAAGGUUUUAUCUAAAUUAUAUUCAGCUCGUCACUGCAAAUAUACGUUUAAGUUUAAUUUUUCUUCAUUGUUUUAGUAUUAUAUGUAAAUGUUUUGUUAUUCCUUUGUUUUUAAGAAUCAAAUCGUGUGUCUUCAAGGGAUUUAAUUUAAAAAAAAAAAGGGAAGUUAUCCAAUCAUUAAUGUUUCAUGUGAUUAUACUGACUGUGUUUGCAUUAUUGACAAUAAGGGAAAAUAAGAAGGAUGUUUGUCAGGGGUUAUUAAAAAAAACCUAGUCUACAAUAAUUGCACUGA